AUGUUAACUGUUGCGCGCCAGCCCGGUUUGAAUAACCGAGACCAAAAUUACGCCGCGGGCCGGCUAUUGGGCGGUACAUCCGCCAUCAACGGGCUGGCGUUUGUGCCGCCCGCCCCGGCGGGCAUCGACGCCUGGGAGGCGCUGGGGAACCCCGGCUGGUCCUGGCAGUCGUUGGCCCCGUACUUUCACCGUAGCUUCCAUGUCUGCCCCGAAGCUGCUCCUGGCAAUGGUCCGGGCGCUGCUGCAUCCGCCGCAACUGGUCCCAUCGAAGUUACCUAUCCAGCACUGGCGGAACCAAGGAAUCACACCAUCAUUGAUGCCUGGAAUAAGACCUUCGCGGACAAGGGCUACGCCUUCAGUGAUACCCUGAUCCCGACCCCGACCACCGGCACCCGCCCCUACACGGCUACCAUCACCACCACAGGCGUCCGCAGCGCAAGCACUCAGUAUGCGGCCUCACGCCCAAACUUGCGCAUCCUCACCAACACCACGGUCGAGCGCAUCCUCUUCGACACGACAAGCACCACCGUCACCACUACCGGUGUCCUCCUGCACAAUGAUCCCUCUCCCAUCACAGCCACUAAAGAAGUAAUCCUCGCCGCGGGCGCCUUCAACACCCCCAAACUCUUCGAACUUUCCGGCAUUGGCUCUGCAUCCCGCCUCUCCACGCACAGCAUUCCCUGCAUCAUUGACAACCCCUCCGUUGGAGAAAAUCUCAACAGUCACCUCAUGGCCGUGCUUCCCGUUCCCAUCCAGCCCUUGCCGGAUACCGCCUCCCCCACUCCAGGCAUUCAGGCCAUCUCUUUCGUCCGCUCGGGUGCUGAAGCAGACCUCCUUUCGCGUCACCCUCCCCAUCCCCCCCUCAACAACCUCCUCGCCAACCCCUCCGAGCCAACAGCCUGCUUCUUCCUUAGCACAUUGCCCAACUCCAUGGCCAUUCUUGGCUUAAUCCCCUCGUACCCCCUUUCCCGCGGAUCCGUCCACCUCUCUUCCUCCCAGCCCACUGACAAGCCCAUCAUCGACCCGAGCUAUUUGUCGCACCCCCUUGAUAUUAAACUCAUGGCGGCGCACUUCAAGACCCUUCACGCCCUCCCAGAUUGCUCCCCAUUCAGUGGGAUUCUUGGCUCCGCACCGGGCCCCAGCCCUGAGACUCAGGACCCGGGUGUCGUAGAGGAGACGUUGAGGACAUCGGUCGUGGCGGCGCAUCAUUUCUGCGGGACGGCCAUCAUGGCCCCGCGGGAGAAGGGAGGUGUCGUGGAUACCGAGUUGCGGGUUCAUGGGACUGGUAACUUGCGAGUUGUCGAUGCUAGUGUGUUCCCUACUGUGACAGCAGCGAACCCCAUGUCGACGGUGUAUGCCGUUGCAGAGCGGGCGGCAGAGAUAAUUCGGGGAAGGAACAAACCUGCCUGCGCUUGA